GGGCCUGGAUUUGGUAUGGUAAAUGGCACAAGUUCGGCCCGGUUACCCCGCCAUUGCUAUUUAUCUCAUCGUGGUGUACUGGCGUUUCCUUCCUUCUCCGGAUCAGCCGCCGCCUUCCUUUACCUGCUCCGGCGAGAUAUGGCCUCCUCGUCGUGGUGUCUUUCGACCACCUCUCCAACCUGCGUGCCUUCCAUGUUGCCGUCCCGGAGGCCGAAGCAGUCUCCCGGGGCGGCCGCUGGCCUGGGUGCUCCUUCGCCGAUGAGGAGAGCUCACGGCGUCGUCUGCAUGGCUCCCCAGGAAGAGAGGAAAACCCGUCGCUCUCCUCUCGAUUUCCCCAUCGAAUGGGAGAGACCCAAACCUCCUAGGAGACCAGAUAUAUUCCCACAAUUCAGCCCAAUGAAGACUCCAUUGCCACAUCCACUGCCAGAGGACCCCCCUGAAGAGGAUGAGGAAGAGGAGGAAGAACAACAGCAGCAGGAGGAAGAAGAAGAAAAGCCAGACGAGGAAGAUCCAGAAAAGCCUGAGCAGUCAAGGAUGCAACAUGAAUGGUGGUUUUGAGCAAUAAGAUCCAUUUCUCGCUCUGAUAGUAAAUAUUUGCUUUAUUUCUGUCUGACCACAACACACCUUUGGAUGUGUUUAUUAUGUACACUAGCUAUGAGACUGCAAUCUUAGUUUUCGACUUCAGGUGUUUUAUUAAAUGUAGUAUUUGUUACGAUUCAUAUUUUAUAUGGCAAACACAGAGUUGCUUUGGCCCUUU